AUGCGCCCCGACAAUUCGACAGCUGGGAUGCCUCGACAGGUUUCUCCCGGCAGUGAUGGCAAUGACGAGGAGCAGCGAAUCGCCACCCUGCAACGUGGGGACUGGAGUGGAGGCUACGCGCUGGUUCAGACACGUGCCUUCCGCGCGUCGGUCAUCGCGGAGCCGCCGGGUGUGACUUGCUACACCAUCUCCCGUGAGAAGUUUGAAGACCUGGGACUCCACGAGUGCCUUCACUUCCCGCGGAGAGCGGCCAUGUACGAGGGACAUGCCAAGCGCGCCGGGAACAUCGCGAAGCGCAUGCCUGGUGUCGAACCGGUGCCGGGAAAACUGACAGACGAAGAGCUGGACUUCAUCGUUAGGUCACUGUGCAAAAACAUGAACCUGCGGUCGGCAAUCGACCUCACACAGCGACUCGACAGAGUCAAGGAGCUUGCGACGCGUGCAACACGUCUGCGAGUGCCGCCACAGCGAAUCAUCGUGGAAGGAGGCAGCGCUGCCGAAGACUUCUUCGUGAUCUGCACCGGCUUGGCCGAUGCUAUUCCCGAGAACUUCAUGCAGCAGCGAAGAGGCCACGGCGCCUCGGGAGCUGAGGAGAUGGUCGACGCGAACUCCCUGUCUUACAAGCUCCUGCAGAAGGCUGCCUACUUGCAGGACAUGAUGCGCGGAAGAGGCGAGAAGUCCGGCACCAAGGACUUGGCGAAUCUGCCACAGGACACGAAAGUAGGUAUGAGAUCGAGAAAUCGCCAGCGGAAAGGGGGCUCCAUGAUCUACAACGAGGAGAAGAAAGGGCUUCAAGAGCUCCUCUCGGAAGAAACUGGCUCCAGAAGCCCACGAAAAUCGGACAAGCGAAGGGUUUGGCGAGUGAACACCAUGAACUUCGCUGGGGAGCAGCUGCUGUACGUCGGUGAACGCGUGCGAGAGAAGAAAUACCUCUCUGCAGCCACCUUCCGAGGCUCUGACCUCUCUCGCCGGAAGUCCUCCAGCGCUGGAAACGACCUCGACGGGGAGGUGGGUCGCGUGGAG